GUAAACUUGACUGACUGCUUCACUUCCACUUUAACACUAGAAGUCCCAGAGAUUUGUAACCCUCCUUUAGCCAAGUGGAUGCUAACUGGCUAGUCUUUUGGCUAUCAUUAGCAUCAAUUCAUGUGUAAAUAUGGUCAUUACCUGAGCAAUCUGCAGGGGGGUUGGGGGUGUGUGUGUGAAUGGUUGCUGGUGGCUUGUUUGUAUGUGUGGGGGAGGGAGGGCUGCUAAAAGCAGAGAACUUGAUUGACCAUGUCUCACAUUGGCAUGUAGGGUCUUGCCCAGGUGUAAACAGGUAUGAAUUAGCACAUCUAAUUGCAUGCAGCUUGCUCUCAAAUGAGAGGUAAUUCCUUUUGUGCUGAGGUGGAUAAAAUUUCACUGCACAUAGCCUACUACUUCAGUGCCCUUAAGAAUUCUGUGGUGUACGAACCUCCUCUCCAAGAAAAGAAAAUGCAGAGAAGACUCACCACUCGGCAGGCCUUGGAAAUGAUCCUGAGUGAAGUAAACCCUUGUGACUCAGAUGGAGAAGACAUAGAACUUCAGCCGGAUUCGGACUCAGAGCUGUCUGAUCUGUCUUCAGAUGUGGAGACUGCUCCUCAACCAAAAAAGAGAGCCCGUUUGGGGACUGACCUGACAGAGACAGCGAAAGAUGGCACAGUGUGGCGUGAAGAACAGGUGGGGACGUGUCUCCCUUUCACCCCAAUCAAAGCGUACGCUGCAGAUGGAGAGCCAACGGCUAAGGCCAGGAAAAGUAUUUCGAGUCGCCUUCAGAGCUUCCUGUGUUUCAUCACUCUUGACAUGCUUCAUAGCAUUCAAGAAUGGACUAUUCAACAUUCACAGGAAAAGGAGCAUGUUCAUUGGUUCAUGGCCCUCCCUGAACUAAUGGCAUUUAUUGCAAUUGUCAUCUUGCGGGGGCUUACCAAGGUUCCAUCACUACGUGACUGCUGGUGAGCAAACCUGGGAAACCCACAUAUCAUUGGAACAAUGCCGCGAAACCGCUUCCAAGACAUCAUGCGACACCUACGCUUUGAUGACAGGUCCACCAGGAGUGAUCGAGCAAAGACUGAUAAGUUUGCUGGAAUUUCCAGUGUGUGGGGAUCAUUUGUCACCAAUUGCAUCACGUCCUACAACCCUGGUCUACAUAUCACCGUUGAUGUACAGCUUUUCCCGUCAAAGACUCGCUGCUGUUUCCUGGAGUAUAUUGCAACUAAACCUGACAAGUUUGGGAUCAAGUUUUGGGUGGCUUGCGACCUAAAAUCCAAGUACAUUUGUAAUGUCCUUCCAUAUCUUGGCAAGGACCCUAGUCGUCCCAGUGGAGAGAGACUGUCUGAAAAUGUAGUGAUGAGGCUGAUGGAACCAUUCCUAGACAAGGGCAGAAAUGUUACCACGCACAAUUUCUUCACAUCUCUGUCACUUGCGCAUAAACUUCUUAGCCGGAAAACCACCAUCCUCGGCACAG